CCAAGUGUUUUCUGCAGCUGCUUAAAGGCAGGAAAAAGGCAGAGCUAACACCCAACAAAAGCCAGAGGAAAGUGCUCCCCCACUACUAGAGCCGCACACAGGGAUGGAGUAAGGAGCACUACAGGGACUCCCAGGACUGCCCCUCAUUCAAAAGGAACUUAACACAAGUCCUCAGAAGGAGAGAGAAUAUUGAACUUUGCCUCCCAGUAGAAGCUCUCCAGGUCCAGGACGUAGACAUGUGGCUGCUGCUGUGGAUAACUCUUCUGGGUGUAUACUUCUCCUCUGCUGCAGGUAGAUUUGCAGAGUCUUCAAGAAGGCACAGGCGGCUCAUACCAUCUCUAAACACACCGGGAAUAUGUAGAUAUGGAACCAAAAUGGAGUGCUGCUAUGGGUGGAAACGAAACAGCAAAGGCCAAUGUGAAGCUACAUGUGAACAGGGCUGUAAGCAUGGCGAAUGUAUGGGACUGAACAAAUGUAAAUGUUUCCCUGGAUUCACCGGCACUAGCUGCAGUCAAGACUUGAAUGAAUGCGGUCUUAAGCCUCGUCCCUGUGAACAUCGGUGUAUGAACACUCACGGAAGCUACAAGUGCUAUUGUCUUAAUGGCUACAUGCUGAUGCCAGAUGGCUCCUGCUCAAACUCCAGGACCUGUGCGAUGGCAAACUGCCAAUACGGCUGCGAGGAAGUCCAGGGAGAAGUGCGGUGCUUAUGUCCCUCAAGUGGACUGCAGCUGGGGCCAGAUGGAAAGAACUGUAUAGAUAUUGAUGAAUGUGCCACUGGGAAAGCACUCUGCCCUUUUAACCGGAGAUGUGUGAAUACAUUUGGAAGCUAUUACUGCAAGUGCCAGCAGGGCUUUGAAUUAAAAUACGUGAAUGGCAGAUACGACUGCGUAGAUAUAAAUGAGUGCCUGGAGAACACUCACAAGUGCAGCCCUCACAGCGAUUGCCUUAACACUCCAGGAGCCUAUAAAUGCAGAUGUAAGCAAGGAUACAAGGGGAGUGGAUAUGUCUGUUCAGCUAUUCCAGACAAACCUGUGAAAGAAAGCCCCAAAAUAGUUGGAAGUGCAAAAGACACAGUCAAGAAACUCUUGGCACAUAAGAACAGCCUCAAGAGAAAUGAAGAAAAAAUGAAUUUAAUACCUGAACCAGUUAUUACUCCAUCACCAAAGACACGCUUGCAGCCAUUUGACUAUGUGGAUGGAGUCUACAUUGGUGAAACGAAAAAUGAAGAAGAUGGAAAAGAAUUUGAAGAAGAUGACCAGAAUGAAGAAGAGGAAGAAGAGGAUGAGGAGGACUAUGACAAUGGAAUUGGACAAGAAAAGAUACUGAGGGGUGACGUGUUUGCCUUACAGGUUAAAAGAGAGGAGCCUGCUUUUAGAUCAAAUGUUCUGAAUCAGAAGGCCACUUCACUAAAAUCAGAAGAGCUGUCUAUAGACUGCAGCUUUGAGCGUGGAGCCUGUGAUUGGAAACAGGAGACUGAAGAUGACUUUGAUUGGAAACAUUCAAAUCGCAGCCAUGGUACUGGAUUUUAUCUGUCGGUUCCUGCUACUGUUGGUCCCAAGAAGGCUGUGGGCCGCCUGAGACUCCCACUUACAAAUCUGCGCACAAGCAGCAAGUUCUGUUUAAUUUUUACUUAUCGCCUUAUUGGAGAAAAGUUUGGGAAACUACGGGUGUAUAUAAAUGAAAACAAAAAUCCAAUCUGGGAAGAGAACAGAAGUAAAGAAGAAGGAUGGAGGAUAGCAAGAAUAGAAAUACCUGAGACACAGGGCAGCUCUUCCAGCACGAUUAUAUUUGAAUCUGAACGUGGGAAGGGGAAAAAUGGAGAAAUGGCAUUGGACAAUGUCUUCUUUGUCUCUGGACCAUGCACUGAAGAUUAAGUGAGAAGAAGAAUGCCUCAGUUUAAGGAACACUAUCAUUUUCUAAUAACAUUAGAUUGCAUAUUUUGAGCAAACUGCAUAAUGUACUUUAACUUAUGUUUACUAUGUUAAAUUACUUUUUUGUAAAUUUUAUGUGUUUUCAGUCCCAUACACAACUGUAUCCAUCAAUCUCCCACCACCUCAAACCAAAAUGUGAACUGAUCGCUUGGAGUCCAACCAAUCACUUGAAUGGGCUUCCCGAGCCCCUUGUUCCUCCUCACUCUACAAGUGCAGUCAGUAGGAAUUUAGAUGGAGCAGUAGUCGAGCAUGUGUGCUGACAUUUUACUCAAGGUUUAUGGGGCUCACAGAAACAAGCGUGUACAGUGCUCAUUUUACAUCAAUAUGUGGGAGUCCCAGUAGUGCGGACCAGCAAUCAUACCUAAUCUAUUCUAUAGGGAGGUGAAAACUAAAACUCUUCAUUUUGGUUCAUGCCCUUUAAAAGGGUUUUCCCAAUUGGACAACACCUCAAAAAGAAGUAGUUCCCUCAGCCAGUUGAUCAUCACUGGUCGAGCUACUGAAAUCCCCAAAUAUAUCAACAGAGCAGAACAAGAAUCUGGAAGGAGAGAUCAGCAGCCAUAAGUAUAAAACAAACAUAUGACUAUUGAUUAAAGGGAUGCUCUAGGCUACAUAUUUUGAUGUUCUAUCAUCAAGAUAGGUCAUCGAUAUCAAAUCGGUAGGGGUCAAAAACCAGGCAUCCCCACUGAUUAGCUAGUUUGAGCUGCCAUGGUGCCAAAAACGAUACAGUAUACAGAGCUGGAGACAGGCAGCUCCGUACACGGUGUACCCACCAAUCAGCUGUUUCAGGCCGAGCAAAAGGCUCUGUACACUGUGUACUUGCCAUGCUGUGAUACUGUGGCUCAGCUCCCAUUCAAGUAAAUGGAAGAUGAGCUUCAGUAUGCCGGCGCCGGGAAGUACACAGUGUACGGAGCCUUUUGCUUCCACUCAGUACACUGUUUCUAGCACCGUCCCGAAACAGUGAGGAUGCCAGAUGUUGGACUACUAAUGACAUAUCCUAAGGAGAAGCAAUCAAUAUCCAGAGAAUCCCUUUAACAUUUAACUGUCAAAUUUUUUUUUCUAAUGUGUACGGACAGCGAUAAGGAACAUUUUUCUAAUAUACUAUUUCGAGAACCUGUGCAUUUAUAGUAAAAAAACGUGCCCAGAAAUGUCCCUUAGUAUCGCUCUCUUAAAUGAGUGUUACUAAGGGUGG